AUGGUAACUGCAAGGUCAAUAAUUGCAGUAGCAGCAUCUAAAGGUUGGACUGGGUAUCAAAUGGAUGUGUAUAUUACAUUUAUGCAAGAAUAUCUAUAUGAAGAAGUAUAUAUGGAGAUGCCUCAGGGAAGUAAUGAGCAAUUCAUUCAGGAGACUAAGGAUGUUCUAAAUAAAAAAUUCGAAGUAAAACACCUAGGAGAAUUAAGGUAUUUCUUCGGAAUUGAAGUGAUGAGGUCUAGCAAGGGGAUCUUGUUAUACCAAAGGAAGUAUGCAUUGCAGUUAAUCUCUGAUUUAGGACCGGGUUCUACUAAACCAGUGGCCACUCCAAUAGACAUGAAUCAGAAGUUUACCUCAUCAGAAUUUAAUGAAUAUGUUGGGGUGUCCAGAGAUGAUUUGAUGAAAGAUGCUGGAGCUUAUCAAAUGUUUAUUGGGAGGUUGAUAUAUCUAACUAUCACAAGUUCAUAUAUAACAUUUGUUGUGCAUACAUUGAGUCAAUUUAUGCAGUCACCUAAGCAAUCUCAUUGGGUAGCAACAGUAAAAAUUGUGAGGUACAUUAAGCAGAGUCCAGGGAUGGGAAUUCUACUGAGCAAAUGCGCGCCCAGUUGGUCCCGUGUGCGGCCGCGCACUUGUGGCAGUGCUAUUGCCCUUGCUGCGCAUUCAAUGCAAUCCAAAUGUACUGACGUCUCUUUUGCCCGGGAUCUGCGUCUCGCAAUGAAGGUAACGAUUUUUAGGUUGACGAUUCUGCUUGCUAGGACAUCUCGUAUCAGCUAUUGGUGGGCAUUAUCCCUCUUUUUCAAUCUUUACGAUAUUUCAGUUACUAAGCUUACAGUUACACCACAUGUUGAUUCAGCCAUACAGUUGGUUUUCUCGGUCACAUGCAGUUAG